AUGGCCAAGUCUGUCCCCACCGAAUUCAAGCUCAACUCGGGCAUCACCAUCCCUGCCGUUGGUCUCGGCACCUGGCAGUCCCAGCCCGGACAGGUCGAGAAGGCUGUCGAGCACGCCAUCAAGAGCGGCUACCGCCUCAUUGACGGCGCGCUUUGCUAUGGAAACGAGGAGGAGGUUGGCAAGGGCAUCAAGGCCUCUGGUGUUCCCCGUGAGGAGCUCUUCCUCACCUCCAAGCUCUGGUGCACUUACCACGACCGCGUCGAGGAGUGUCUCGACAUCACCCUCAAGGACCUCGGCACCGACUACCUUGACCUGUACCUUAUCCACUGGCCCGUGCGCACGGUUGAGAACGGCUCCAGCAAGCUGUUCCCCACCAAGCCUGACGGAAGCCGUAACAUUGACCGCAAGUGGGACCAGGCCGAGACUUGGCGCCAGAUGGAGGCCGUCCUCGCAAAGGGCAAGGUCAAGGCCAUUGGUGUCUCCAACUUUUCCGAGCUCUACCUUGAGCGCCUGAGCAAGACCUGGAAGGUCGUUCCCGCCGUCAACCAGGUCGAGCUCCACCCUUACAACCCCCAGCACAAGCUUAAGGCGUACUGCGACUCGAAGGGCAUCCGCUUGGAGGCCUACUCGCCUCUCGGCUCGGCCGGCUCGCCUCUUCACGACGACCCCGUGAUCAAGAAGAUUGCCGACAAGCACGGCGUGAGCGUCGCCACCGUCCUCAUCUCGUACCAGGUCAACCGCGGUGUCGUUGUCCUCCCCAAGAGUGUCACGCCUUCCCGCAUCGACGACAACAAGAAGGUCAUUGCGCUUGACGAGGACGACAUGAAGGCCCUUGACGGGCUUGCGGCUUCUGGAAAGCAGACCCGCUUCGUGACACCUCCUUGGGGCAACGACUUUGGCUUUGAGAACUGGUUCGGGCCCGGCACCGACGCACCGGAGGGCUUCGUGUUCGAGUCGCGUGGCCAGACGUUUGAGUAG